AUGAAUGUUUCAAAGAAGCAUAACAUAAAAGAAAAAAUUAUUUUACCUCUUUUCCAAAAAAUUCUUAUAGUUGCAGUUUUCAUUGGGGCAUGCCAAUUUUACAGGAAUACCAUUUCUAACAAAUCCUUGAACCAAAAAAAAUGUGUAGAUAGCAUUUCAGAUUCAGAAAAUGGUAGAAUACUAGAAGCAUUUAACAAUAAUCAUGGCCCCCUUAUUGCAGAAUCAAAAGAGUCUACUGAAAAUAAUAGUGAAAUUUACAGAUUAGAGACUAAAUUAACGAUUGGUGAAUUUUCUAAAAUAGAUGUUAGGGCAGAAAGUUAUGAAAAAUCUAAAUUCAAGUAUCACCCUGUGAAUAGUAGUAGUAUUAACCCAAUUUUUUCAGGAAAAAGGAGAAUUUUAGCUGAAACAAUUGCUAAUUAUGAAUCAUACGUUGCAAGAAGUAAUAAUAAUAAAAAUACUCCGCAUAAUAUUAAUAAUCAAGUAGCACCACACAUUAGAGGAAGUAAAAAUAGAGAACCCUAUCAAGAUAAUUAUAUGUCAGUUUUUAUGAGAGAGAGAAAUUCUCCCAGUGAUGGAGGGAUUUAUGAAAAUCAUAUAAAUGGAGUGAUAAAAAUUUUAUCAGAUUGCAAAGAUACAUGUGAAUCUCAAUUCGAAGGUGUAAUGAACUUUUUUUUGGGAAAUAAGGAUUUACGAGAAUUACCAUUAGCAGGAGUUAAAAAAAUUAUAUCAGAUUAUAAAGAUUUUAGUGAGUCACCCAUAGCUGGAGUUAAGAAAAUUAUAUCAGAUUGUAAAGACUUGGGUGAUUUGCCCAUAGCUGGAGUUAAGAAAAUUAUAUCAGAUUGUAAAGACUUGGGUGAUUUACCCAUAGCAGGAGUUAAGAAAAUAAUAUCAGAUUGUAAAGAUUUGGGUGAUUUGCCCAUAGCUGGAGUUAAGAAAAUUAUAUCAGAUUGUAAAGAUGUAGGUGAUUUACCAUUAGCUGGAGUAAAAAUGAUUUUAUCAGGUUGUAAGGAAGUUUAUGAAUCGCAGCUUGUAGGCAUGAAACAGUUUUUAUCGGGUUCCAAAGACAGUUACGGACCACAAUUUGUUCGAGGCAAGAGAAAACAUCCUCAUUAUAAUGACUAUUACCAGAGUCAGUAUAGAGGAGGAGUGAGCAAUCAUCCACAAUAUAAUAAUAAUUAUGAAUCUUAUUAUAAUGAGGAAAAUUUAAACUAUCCUCAUUACAAUGGUUAUUACAAUGCACAAAAUGUAGACGAUAAGGAUAACACUUUGCUUUAUAAUGAGAAUUAUGCAUCACAGAAUUUAGAAGGUUACACAAAUCAUCCGAAUAAUAGUGGUUACUAUGAAUCACAAUUUGUUGACCAAAGGGUAAAUUCACAAGAUCAUCACAAUGAUAUGGAUGGGUCCCAAUUUGUAGAUUCACAAAAUAGUUCGAGCAGUAUGCAGAAUUACAAUACUCAAUACGUAGAUUCACAACCUGGUCCAUCAUACAAUGUGCAGAAUUACGAUACUCAUCAUGUAGAUUCAUCAUAUGAUUCAGCAUACAACAUGCAGAAUUACGAUACUCAUCACGUAGAUUCACCAUAUGAUUCAGCAUAUUAUAUGCAGGAUUAUAAUUCUGAAUACGUAAAUCCAUAUCAUAUUUUUGGCAGUAGUCAAUAUUAUGAUUAUCAAUAUGUAGAUCCACAAUAUGAUACAUCAUACUAUAUUCAGGAUGGCGAUCCUCAAUAUACUGAUUCUCAACAUAGUCCACCAGGAAGUAUGCAGAAUUAUAAUACUCAAGUUAUGGAUUCUCAACAUAAGUCAACGCAUAAUAUGGAGAAUUACAAUUCUGAACAGGUAGAUUCGCAGGAUGGUUCUUCUGGUUUUAUUCAGAAUUAUGACCCGCAAUAUUCAAAUUCGCAGAAUAAUAAUUUUCAUAACAAUACGCAAAGUUAUAAUCCUGAAUAUAUAGAACCACAAAGCACAGUUGCAAAAAAUGCUCAGAAUUUGGAGAACCCAACAGAAGAGACAUCGAAAAAAGAAUUAUUGAAUAAUGAAGAUUCCAUUAAAAACGAAUCAGAAGAUUUAAGUGAGUGUAAAAAAUCACUGGAAAAGAAAAAGAGUUCUGAAUUAGAAAAUUUAGGGAAAACUAAUAAAUCAAGUGACAAAAUAGAUAACAGUUCACCUGUAGUAAAAUCUAAUGAUGUGGCGCCUCAUAAUGAUGCUGAUUUGAAAUCUGAGUUUAUUGGAGAAAAUGUAAAUAUACCAAAAUCUGAAACAAAUUUAGAAUGUGAGAAGAGUGAAGUAAAGAUAGAGUUUCCAUGGAAUAAAGGGACCUCUGAAAUAGAAAAUGCAAAAUUAGAAAAAAAAGUGAAGUAUGAAUUUUCAAGUUCAGGCUUAAAAAAAAAUACUUCCAGCAGUAAAAUUAAUUUCAUGUUAAAAAGUGACAAUCCAGAAAACACGAAAAUUGGAAGUAAAGAGGAGUUAUAUUUACAAAAUGUGGAAAGGAAAAAAAAUUCAUUAGACGAAAAAUUAGAUACUGGAACAAAAUUUUAUAAACCUGAUAAAACCAAAGAGGAAAGUAAAGAAAAGCUAGAUUCAGGAAAUAUAAAAGUAAGUAAAAAUUCAUUAGACGAAAAAUUAGAUACUGGAACAAAAUUUUAUAAACCUGAUAAAACCAAGGAGGAAAGUAAAGAGAAGCUAUAUUCAGGAAAUACACAAAUAAGUAAAAAUUCAUUAGACAAAAAAUUAGAUACUGGAACAAAAUUUUAUAAACCUGAUAAAACCAAGGAGGAAAGUAAAGAGAAGCUAUAUUCAGGAAAUACACAAAUAAGUAAAAAUUCAUUAGACGAAAAAUUAGAUACUGAAACAAAAUUUUAUAAACUUGAUAAAACCAAAGAGGAAAGUAAAGAAAAGCUCAACUCAGGAAAUACAAAAAUAAGUAAAAAUUCAUUAGACGAAAAAUUAGAUACUGGAACAAAAUUUUAUAAACCUGAUAAAACCAAAGAGGGUAGUAAAGAGAAGCUAGAUUCAGGAAAUACAGUAAUAAGUAAAAAUUCAUUAUAUAGUAAAUCCUAUUUUGACAAAAAAAAUGACAAAGAUAGCAUCAUGAGUGGAGGAAGCAAAGAAGUGUUAGAUUUAGGAAAUAAGGAUAUAAAUAAAAAUAUAUUAGAAGGUAAACAAUGCAAAUAUGAUAUAAAAACUUAUGAAUCAGAAAAAAAAAAAAAAAAAUUUCCGAAAAAUCCCCAUGUGAAAUGGGGAGUAUUAAAAAAAAGUACAUCCCUUUUUAAAAAGCAUUCUUUAUCAAAAACAUCAGAAUCAAAAAAAAGAAAUAAGAAAUCUGAUAUGGAGAAACUACAAAUCUCACAACCAGAAACUACAGAAAAAAAAAGCCUAAACGACGAAACUCUAAAUCAAAUAAGCUCAGAAGAAGAUAUUUCAAAAUCGUCAAUAAUAAAAAAGAAAAUUACAAAAAUACCAUCAUUAAAAAGAAAAGCCCCUAAACCGCCAAGUCUGACAGAUGACACUCCAAAAUUGAAAACCCCCAAAACAGAUAUACAAAAAUUACAGAACAGCAAUCCGGAAAUUUCAAAAAUAUUAAAUCCCAAACCGGAAAUUCCCAAAAUACAAAACCCCAAAGCGGAAAUUCCCAAAAUACUAACCCCCAAACCAGAGAUUUCAAAAUUCCAACCCCCCAUACCAGAGAUUUCAAAAUUCCAGAACCCCAAACCGGAGAUUUCAAAAUUCCAGAACCCCAAACCGGAGAUUUCAAAAUUCCAAAACCCCAAACCGGAGAUUCCAGAAUUCCAAAACCCAAAGAAAGAACCCCUAAAACUGCAGAGCGUAAAACAGGAACCCCCCCAAAUGAAUAACCUAAAGCAAGAAACAUCAAAACUGCAGAGCUUAAAACAAGAAACUCCAAAACUGCAGAGCUUAAAACAAGAAACUCCAAAACUGCAGAGCUUAAAACAAGAAACUCCAAAACUGCAAAGCCUCAAACAGGAUAUCCCAAAACAGGAAACUCCAAAGGAGCAAACCCUAAAACAAGAAACUUCCAAAGAGGAAGCCCUAAAAAAGCAAAAUCAAAAAAAUUCCCAAAAAACCUAA